GGUGGACCGUGGGUCCGGUCAGGGUGCGCGGCCGCUGCGCCUUUAUUUCUCCAGGCAGGUAAACACGGGCGGUUGGUAGCGGCUGGGCGGAGCGGGCCGGGGCACUGAACUCAACUGAGAGAGAACUCUUGCAGCUGAUCGUCGCGCCAUCUCUUGUCCAUUCUCACAACAAUGACCGCCGUGCAGCUCAUCAACAUCGAGCGGCUGAUUGAAGCCGCGCACUACUUGGAGCGGCGGGAGCGAGAGGCUGAGCAUGGGUAUGCGGCGCUCCUGCCCUACAGAAACGAGGAUCCUGGCAGCAAACGGAAAAGCAAAACCAAGAAGAGUGCAGGGAGCAGAUCUACACAUAACGAAAUGGAAAAAAACAGGCGGGCCCAUCUGCGACUUUGCUUGGAACGCUUGAAAGAACUGGUACCAGUCGGAGCAGAGAGUACAAGACAUACCACACUAAGUUUACUUAUGAAAGCCAAAUUACACAUCAAGACACUUGAAGAAGGUGACAGAAGGGCUCUGCACCAGAUUGACCAGCUACAACGGGAGCAGCGUCAUCUGAAGCGGCAGCUGGAAUUGCUUAACAUUGAGAGGACGCGAAUGGAUAGCAUAGGAUCAACUGUUUCUUCAGAGAGAUCAGACUCUGAUCAAGAAGAAAUCGAUGUGGACGUGGAAAGCACUGAAUACAUAUCAAGAGACCUGGAUUGGAGCAACAGCAGUGUGAGUGACUCUGAUGAGCAGAUCAGUGUGAAGAGCAGCGGCAGUGACGAGGGGUACUUCAGUACAGGCAUCAAGAGAAUGAAGCUACUCCCAACUCCUCAUAAAACUCUUGCCAGCCUAUAAGGAAAACCAAUCCAGUCGGAUAACUACUUUCAUAUGAUGAGCUACUGCUCCAUGGUUGGACUUAGUGUUCUGUAGCACAACAUGUCUUUUUCUCCCCUAUUCAUCAUGCUUGUUGUCUCCUGGUGCUUCAGAUUUUCCCUGAAGAACCUACAGAUUACUUUAAGAAAGUACGGAAGGUUUAGAGAGGGAAAGGACUGAAGGCACAUUUCAUAUAUUUGUUGGUCUAGCUCUUCUAUAUCAUACUUGCUCUUGCACAACCAUUUAAAUUGUCCCUUUUCCCCUCUCCACCCCUCCACUGUAUUUUGAAGCACUUGGAUGAUGCUUGCAUCCUUGGACUGGAAAGAGAGCUAUUAAAUAGCUACACGUGUGCCAGACAGGCAGAUGCAUCACACUGCAUGUUAGCCUGCAAAGAAACUUUGCCUAAGGGUGCUGAGUAAUGCUUGUUACAUAGAAUGGGAUUUUCAAGUUUGUGAUCUGAGAAUUUCUCUCAUGUUUUCAACAAAUUGGACGUGUUAGAGCAAAUCUGUAUCUGCUUUCAUGUCUUAAUAUGUUACCUAAUAUGGGAUAAGGAAUAGGUGAAUUUCAGUUUGAUUAAAUAUCCCAGCUUUCUGAUACCAUAUUCCCCAAACAUUUUGAUACUUGGUGCACUCCAUGUAAUCAAUCUUGCUUGAAAUACUCCACAACAUUUUUCUAAAAAAAACUCUGGAACAGAAGUAAAAAUUCUCCAUAAUGAUUUUUAAAAAAAUAUUUAACCAUUAAAUUUGAACACCUUCAUUUUCAGGUGGCUUGUUGAAUUCACUGAGAGUUCUCAUGCAAAACCAAAAUACUGCGGAUGCUAGGAAUUCACAGCAAAUCCAAUGCAGUCUUCAGAAGGAAAGAAAGGUUCAGAAUAAUUUAACACCUUGCUUCUCCACUCUGAUUCUGCCAUAAAUCGUGAAUAUUCCUAGCGUAUGCAGUAUUUUCCAUGAGAAAAAACUCGUAUUCUAAGAUUGCAAGAGAUUUUGAAAAUAAUGCUAUAGUUAGAUACUAUGGUCACUAUAAAUCAUAAACUUUUUAACAUCUCGGACAUUAGGAAUUCAUGUUUUAUGCUUUCUGAGGUCUGUAACCGUUUAAGAUCUGUUCUGUUCCUUUCUGUUCCUAUUGUUUUGAGAAGCCAGUAUCUGAGUAGCUCAUUGAAUUUCUCCGUGAAAUUUGGCUGGGAACUCUUGUUUUCCACGUGGUAGUAUAGUCCAAGAGUGUGGAGGAUAAGCACACUAGAUAGUUGGAAUUAAAACCUAUUUGCAUGGGCUACAGUCCAAAUUCAUUGGCAUGUUAUGUGUGCCUCCUUAAACAUUGACAUGGAAAACCCCAGAGUCCCCGCCUGCUGGUGAGCAUACUUGAAUCAUGAGCUUUGAACUAACAUUUCUCUCAAAUCCUCACAGACUUGACCCAUUUCUGUCCCUGUACCACACUGGGAAAGUAACAGCAGCUUGUUGGAAGCACAAACAACUCCUAUUAAAUGGCAGUGCUCAAGCAGUAUAUCUAGUGCUCUGAUUCUUUGAGUCAGAAGUUGAAGUUAAUUCCAUCCGUAGUGGUAUGACAUUCUUAACGAAGUUGGCAGAUGCACUCGAUGCUGGCCAGAGAUUUCAGUGAGUUGACUGUUUAUCCGAUAAUGUGCAGACCAAGCAUUUCCAUUUGUCUUAGGAAGCUGAGGUGUCUUUGAUAUUUACUUUUCAUCGCUUAUUUUAAUCUACUUUUAUUUGUUAUUGUUUUGUUUGGAUUAUGUUCUAGCCCAAUCCAUAUGUACUAUGGAAAGCUUGCUUGCUCCUUUUAUUGUUCAAAAAUAAUACUUGUAUUCUAGAUGUUCAAUUUCACAGACAUUCAUGCAAGUACUUGCAAUAUGAAACCUAAUCCUUUGCUCACUAUUCAGUGAGAAAGGUGAAAGGCAUGUUAAAGCAUUAAUGAAAUUGUAUGUUUUAUCUUUGCACUCCUUAAAUGAUAAUCUAAACUUAAAAGAUCUGUCCAUAGCAGCUCUAGUGCAGUUUCUAGCAAUUUAUCCUAACUGUAAGGCAAAAUAAGCUCUAAGUUUAAGAAAUAAUUGGUACAAAGCUCUGGUACAGUUUUACAAAACUUUGCCCUUUCUCACACCGAAGACAGGGGGCAUUAACUUUUCCUAGUGGCAGGCCACUUUUACCUAUGCGUUGCUUAUGGCAACAAAUCAAUUAUUAACACUUUGUGACAGUUGCACAAAAAUACAAAUGGGGUGUCUUGGAGACCACCUGCUUAAAGCAACCAGCAAACAUCUGUUACAACAAUGAAUUAAUGAUUCUCUUCAACCUGUAUCAGGCAAUUACUUUUCUGGACAACUGUAGUCAGUCCAGGAAGGCAGCUGAACAAAGUGUCUUGACAGCAACUCUGUAACCUUAGUCGGAUCUUCAUAGGAUUUGCAUCAGGGUUAAGUUCAAACCUUUGUGAUCUUGACUUGUGUCUGGUGCCAGUUGUGAGACUUCCCCUGUACAAAUCUUGAAGGUUAAGUAUGAUGCUGCAUAUACUAGGCCAAACUCACUCGGUGAAAGGCCAUCUCCAGGAGGUGGCCAUAGAUCUAUUUUAGAGUUCUGGCUACAGUAAAACUGUAGCCCCAUUAAAACCAGACUGUUCUUUUAGAUAUCUUCUUUCACUUCUUCUUAUUUUCCAAUUUUGCAAUUGGAAAAUGCAUCCACAGUUGGUUAAUUACAGCUUAUUUAUAGAGCUUUUUUCACUUCUCAACACCAAUCGUUUCUCUCCCAAUCUGCAUCUUUCCCUGGAUUGCCCUCCUUGUCCUUUUCACUUCGAUCAUUACACAGGAACUAACUUUACCUGCGCUUCUACCUGAAUGUUGCCAGCACUGAAUGUAAGUGUAACAGUGACCCCAGUAUUGCCCUGUGUUUUGGGGUGGAAAAAAAAAGAAAAGCAGGUUCAUACCAUCAAUGUAUUGCACAUUUGCAGUUUUACUGCAUAAAUUGAUAUGAGGGGCUAAAUGGCAGAUACAAAAUCCUCAGUCCAGAGGUGUGUUUGCUGUUGGUAUCAAUCUGUAGACAGAAAUUCAGUACUUCUCCUGCAUGGUGGGUAUAUGAUGAGUGCUGAGCAUUCAAUACAUUGCACCAAGUUGUCACUCUGCCGAGCAGAGAGAACACAUAAAUUGUUUUUAAAAAUUCUCAUUUCCAGCUGCACUUCUUGAAUUUGAUUCCUGAUUGAGUAUAGGAUAUGAUGACCCUUCCCACAUUUGCACUAAUCUUCCUCACUAAUGAUGGGCGUGCAUGGAUUUUUUUUAAAACUAGGAAUUGCAAAAUAUUCCCAUCGUACAUUGUGAAAUUUAAAUUAAUAAUUAAAGUUUAAUGUUUUAGAGUUGUUACUGUGCUUGCUAACAGCAAUAGGCUACAGGACAAAUUCUUCCCUCGAGCACAGUGCAAUUAAGCAUGUAGCACUCUCCAAUAACAUACACCUGAAGAUGUUUUCCCACCUUUAACCCUCAACAUUUACGCUGUUAACCACCAGCACAUCAGAAGUUGAAACACAUUUUCAAAUACCAAGCAAAGUCUUUAGUUGAAGACGUGGGUGCUAUGGAUGCCUACAGCGCGUCACACUUACCUGCCUGAUGAUAACAAACUGACGUAUCCACAAUGAUGCAAUUAAUUUUCAAUAUUUUGGCAACCACAUGCAGUAUAAGAUAAAAUUGAAAACGUUAGUGAGCCUGUUAGUGGGUGAGGAGUGGAAUGAUGCCUGGUAUGUGCAGAUUGUAUUUUAAAAAGUGUCAUUGCAGUGUGACCUUUCCUCUCACCAAAGUCUCUCUCUUCAUUUGUUGUGCAAACGAGAGAACCUCAUUGGGGAGGAAAAGCCUGACUGCCUUGUUUCUGAAUUGAGCACUUUUUGAAAACGCAGUAGGAACACCUUGGAGCAUUUGAUGGUGAGGAAUAUAUUGGACACACACCAUUUCAGGAUGGUGAUAUUGUGCCUUCUCCUCUGUUGGAAUUUUAAUGAUUUUUGUGCACUUAGUCCGCCAGAGUCUAUAGAUUUAAACUGUGCGGAGAUUUUGUUUUUUUUUGUUGUGAGUUUGUUCACAUAUCAUUUUUCAUACUGAACUCCCAGCUUGCACACUGACUGCACCUGAUAGUAGACAUGACCUCAUUUGGUUAAAUUGGAAUAUAUCUGAGUUAUCACCGCAGGUUUUCUUCAGUGGUGGAACGGGGCCAGUGCUGGCUGAGACAUGGUUUUUAAAACCAUGAGACAAAGGCUAAAUUGCCUAAUUCUGCUUUUAUCAAGUCUGCCCCACCAUUCCAUCAUAGCUAAUUUAUUAUCCUUCUCAACUCCAUUCUCCUGCCUUCUUCCCAUAACCUUUGACACCCAACUAAUCAAGACUGUUUUACAUGGUGCAGUUAUUGUUCAAUCUGGGACUUAACGUUUCAUGAUACUUGUACGUUCUUGUACUUCAUUUCUGUGGGUCCAUGUGAAUGAUCUGGUCAGUCUUCCAUGUGUGCACCAAGUGAGAGGGUUGGGGAGGAAGCAGGGCACAGUAAGCCCAAUUGAAGUCCAACUUAGAAAUAAAUGAAAAGUGUGUACAAUUGAGUCCUUAUUGACCGGACAAGUGUUUUCUGGUUAAAUUUCCAUGUCAUAUUGUGAAAUAGAAACUGCCUCUGUAAUUGCAACCGGUUGCCAAUAUUUCAUGAUUCACUAUUAAACAGUGUGCAGCUGAGAUUUAAAAAGUUACAAGGAGCAGUGGUUCUACACUGAUUUCAUAAACUAUUUUUAUAAAAGUUUAAGUAAUUGGGCUUUGUUCGCAUAACCCUUAAGUGCUUAUUGCAGAAAAUCAUAGCAUUUGGAAUCAGUCCUGCUCUUUUGGGUAAUUGGAAGGCAAAACUUGGUUUUGGGUAACCUUGGUAUAGACUGAUCACCUGUUUUAGCCAGGCAGGUGCUGCAUAAGGGAAAGUGUGGAAAGGAAUGGAUUAAUGGCACUGGGAAUGUGUUAAGUGCUUCCAGAAACUCCCUGGCAGUAUUGGCAAAGGUUGCUUCUACAGAUCUAGUUUUUUUAAGAUAUUUUAAUAUUUGCCUGACAAUUUGAAAACUAUGUUUGAAUUAUUUUGUUUUGGAGUUUCUCCAGUUCUUCAAACUACAAAGUACAUUUAUUAUUGAAGUAUUUAUACUAUAUACAACCUUGCAGGCAGCCACAAAAUAAAGAAACGCAAUAGAGCCCAUUUUUAAAAAAAAGACCGUCAAAAACCCAGUGUGCAAAAAAAACACAAUUCAUGCAAUUAACAUUCAGAACUAAAGUUCACAAAAGUGAGUUCACAGCCACAAAGCCAGUCAAUGCUGCAGCUGGGCCAGGAGCCCAUCAGUUGCAGACCACUGCCUCAGUUCAGCACACAGAUGAGUUUGUCUCUCAGACAAAUGUGUUUAGCCUUUGAAACCCUACACAUUUGAAGAAUGGUCACAGUUCUGUGCAGGAGAGGUGAGAAAUGUGGGCAUUUGGAUGAGCAAGGCAGGCUUGUAGUUUCAUUUUAAAAUCUGAAUAGAUUGGCAUAGAAUUUUGACCUUUUUUCAUUACCAACAACUGCACUCCCCCCGGUUAGAAGAUUUCCUCCAUUUCCUGUGGCAUUUGUGUCCAACCAAAGGACUUGCUGCAGGCAAACCUAACUCACUGACCAGGGGACAUCACCUAGUCUCUGCUUUAGCUCAGAGAAUUGUUCAAUGUACCUUGCAUGAUAGUUGCUUGGUUAGAAUAAAUCUCUUUUUCUUCCAUUCUGGACUGAGUAGAAAUGUCUUAUUUCUUUAGGAUCUUGUUAAUUUUAAUCCCUAAUAUUUUGUUCCAAUCAUUUGCCUGAUCUUUCUAUUCUUGCGCUGGUACAUAAGAAACUGAAGCACUUAGGGGAGGUGGGGAGAGAUACUAAAUUUUUAUAUGCAAGGUAAAAGAUUCAGCAUGAACCUGCACAAAUGAUUAUUGGAGGGGAGGGCAUAAUUCUUUAUUUUUCAUAUGCUGAUUAUUGUAAAUACCUUUUUUAUCCCUCUGUCAGGACCAUACAGUGGUGCUUAUUCCAGGUAGCACAUGUGUCACGCUACUGUAUGUGUUAGACAUGUUUGUGUGUAUGUAUACUUAAUGUAUUGUUUGACUGUUGUAUAAAAUUAAAAAAAAAACAAUUUAUUUCAUUA